AUGCCGGAUCUCAACUCGGUUCCUCCUUCGCCUCAUUCUCUUGCGGUAUCUCGCCGCCAGUCUACGAACCAGAUGGCUGCUCCGCCUGUUCCCCCCUCGCCGUCCCUCAAUAUCCUCCCUUCGAACCAGAGUGCUGUCAACCAGUCCCAAUCUCCAUCUCUCCCAUCGCCGGUUCUCACCGCUUCGCAACCGCCUUCUCAUGCUUCUAUCAUUCCAGGAUCAGCUGGCGAGCAUGGCGUUGGACCUGGCCCUGGGCCGUUGAGACAUCCUCGACCCUUGACCGCCGCGGAGCUCCAUCUCCAGCUUGAAAAGGAACAGGAGGCUGUGGUCAACCGUCUGACUCGAGAGCUCUCCCUUCUUCGAGCUGCCCAGAACGCCUCGGUCGUUUCAAACACAUCGUCCACCUCGGCCGCAAACUCGUCCCAUGAUGUCGCCGAGCAAUCUCUUCUCUCCGGAUCAGGCUUCUCCAUCCCCACCGCUCGUCAUCAGCGAACAUCAUCCACCGCAUCCCAGAGCUACGGCAAUCAGCAGCUGUCGUCGUCUUACGAGGCGCGGAUUCAUGCCCCUCGCCCCUCCUCGCAUGCUACCCCUCUCUCACGGCAGAACAGUUCCGCCUCUCGUAGGAGCCAGACAAACUCGCCCGGACCGCAAAACAGCCUCGAUCCUUCGAACUACUUCCAACAUCAGAGGAUCCCUGCGCCCACGUCGAUUCCCCCGAGUUCAGUCGGUGCAACACCAGGAAGUGUCAGCGAGCAACUGAGCCCUGGCAUGAUGCCAGCCACGAUGCGAUACGAAGAGACAGCGUUUUAUAGAAACGAGCUCGAAACGGCCAAGAAGGAGAAUGAUGCCCUGAAGCAUCGAAUCAGAGAGCUGGAGAGGCAAGUUCGUCAGAGGAGGACGAGCGAUGCCAGCCGACCGAGGAGCGAGAGUGUCAGCACCACUGCCAGCUUCAACGUCACCCCAGCCGGAGGAGUCAGCAUCGCAGGACCCCGAGACGGAGGCCUCGUCCGACCGGGGGGUGAGCGCGAGCGAGGAAUGACGACGCAGAGCGUGCUCAGCGUGGCCAGCGUCGGUGUCGGCGUUCCAGAGGAGGAGCUCAAGGUUGGCGAGAGCGCAGCCAGUGCUGGAGUUGCCCCAAGUGCGCAAUGA